CUUGAGAUGGCAAGACAAGAUGUGACAAUAAACUUUCCCAUGAAAUAUCAUCCUAGUCAUUGAAAUGCGGAAUAGGUGUUUCUGACCAUCUUUUGGUAACAUUGUUGCAUAGAAAAAACCAAGAGUCAUGGCUGCAGGGUCAACGACACCAACCGUGGUGCCCCAAAAUAUCGGUACUUACUCCACACCCUUCAGCCCAGAGCUCAAGCCACAGCAAGCGGGUCCCGAAGUUCAAUCAAGCAAAUCGACUCCACUGCGCAAGCCGUCGUUGUCCCUGAACAUGCAUCGCCAAUUCUCAAGCUCCUUGACAGCUCCAUAUCAACAACAUCCCCAGCCAUAACCACACCCGCCAUUAUCCACGCGCAUAUCCAUCCAUACCUACUUGAAUCAUACACAUCGCUUGGGGCAUCAGCAACAAAAAACCACAAUAAUGUCCCAACCACGACCCCCUCCCACAUCAUCAGGCAACCCAUCCGCCCCUCCCCAAAAAGAACCCUCCUCCUCCCACACCACUGGCCUCCGCUACCCCUCCAACGGUAAAACCAUCUACCACCGCCACCUCUCCCGCAGCCGAACCGCCGAGCUCUCCCAAGCCUCCUUCGCCUACCUCUUCUCCGAAAUGGUCACCUACGCCCAAAGGCGAGUAACCGGGAUCCAAGACCUCGAGAAACGCCUCAACACCCAAGGCCACCCUCUAGGCCUAAAACUCCUCGACCUCCUCCUCAUCCGCGAACCCCCCCGCUCCCAAUCCCGCCCCCUCAACAUCAUCACCCUCCUCCACUUCAUCAAGAUCAACCUCUGGCAGCACCUCUUUGGCCGGCAAGCCGACCGCCUCGAAAAAUCCUCCGAUCCCGACGCGCCAGACGAGUACAUGAUUAUCGACAACGAACCCCUCGUCAACGCUUACGUCUCUGUCCCAAAGGAAAUGUCACAGCUCAACUGCGCGGCGUUUGUGGCCGGCAUCAUCGAGGGGGUGUGUGACGGGGCGGUUUUUCCUGCGAGGGUCACGGCCCAUAGCGUGGGGAGUAAGGAGGAGGGGGAGAUGUGGCCGGGGAAGACGGUGUUUUUGGUUAAGUUCCAGCCCGAGGUGUUGGAGCGGGAGGCGUUGAUUGGUGGGAAGGGUUAGGAAUGAGAAGAAUUGCUGCGGUUGGGGUGGUCUAAAGCUGGUGGAAUGGAGUGGGUUUGCAUAUGUUAUGGCGUUUAUGGAGUUGGGCAAGCAAAGUGUUUCUAAUGGUAAGGCAAGCGAUUUAUUUACAGAUGUUAUGGGUGUGACCAGAAUAGCAGCUAUUGCACUUGGUUAAUACUGAGCAGUUGAGGAUCAAAAAAAAAGAUAGAGUAAACGAGCG